UGCCAUGUGAGUCAGAUCCACCAAAUUAGUACUUCUGCGAUACUAGUACAAUUACAAGUUUUGUUCCAAUGUUUCCCUCUCAUCACAUUUGUCUAUAAAACCCUUCUUGCUUAUCUCAAUUUCCUAACAAAAACUAACUCUUAAUAACAUUUAACUGUGCCUUCUUUUUAAAGAAAAUGACAUUUUCCUUUCUCACCCCCUUAUUAUUUUGCUUUAUUGCUCUUUCCUCCUCCUCUGCAUCUUUAGGAGUUGAAUCAUUUAUUGGCUACCCUAUUAUACCAAUCUCUUCUCUAAUAAGUAAAAACCUUUAUGACACAAUAUUCCUACACAAAGAUGACACUGCAUGUCCAGCCAAAAACUUUUAUCCUUACCAAUCCUUCAUUGAAGCUUCCAAAUAUUUUCCUCAAUUUGGUACUACAGGUUGUUUGGCCACAAGAAAGCGUGAGAUAGCUGCUUUUCUUGCUCAGAUUUCACAUGAAACUACUGGUGGGUGGGCCACUGCACCUGAUGGACCAUUUUCUUGGGGCUUAUGCUUCAAAGAAGAAAUUAGUCCUCAAAGUAACUACUGUGAUUCUACUGACAAAGAUUGGCCUUGCUUUGAAGGCAAAACUUACAAAGGAAGAGGUCCUAUUCAACUAUCUUGGAAUUAUAACUAUGGACCAGCAGGGAAGGCCUUAGGAUUUGAUGGGCUGAGGAAUCCAGAGAUUGUAUCAAACAAUUCAGUGAUUGCUUUCAAAACUGCUCUAUGGUUUUGGAUGACAGAGAGAAAACCAAUACCUUCUUGUCACAAUGUGAUGGUUGGAAAAUAUUUGGCAACAAAAGCUGACAUAGCUGCUAAUCGCACAGCUGGUUUUGGAUUGGUGACAAAUAUAGUCAAUGGUGGAUUGGAAUGUGGAAUUCCUAAUGAUGCAAGAGUGAAUGAUCGAAUUGGAUUUUUUCAAAGAUAUACUAAGUUGUUCAAUGUGGAUACUGGACCUAAUUUGGAUUGUGGAUAUCAGAAAUCUUUUCAAUAAUUGGUUCUAACUAUAAUUUAA